AUGAAUCAUUUACCUGAUCAUUGGCAAUCAGCCUGGAUACGUGGUGAUGGUGCAUGUUGUUUAUCGGGAAAUCCUUUAUUAAAAAUAUUUGCAUUAUCUGAAAAAUUACCAAAUCCAAAAAUCCUCAUUUAUAAUUAUCCAAAUUUAAAUAAAAUAUCAGAAUGUUUUAAUCAUGAUGAUAAUGGAUACAAUUCAAUUGAAUUUACAUCAACUGAAUAUUUAUUAACACUUGGAAAAGAGCCAAAUUUUUUAUUAACAAUAUGGUCAUGGAGAAAUGGUGAAAAGCUAAAAUCAAUAUCAACUAAAAUCCAUGAUUAUCAAGAACAAAUCAUUAAAAUAUCAUCAAAUCAACCAACAAAAAUUGCACAACUCGGAAAGCUGUCUGUUUAUUGUGAAUGGUCACAUGAUCAUGAUAAUUCAAUUCUUGCUAUUGUUGAUAAUCAUGGACAUGUUUAUAUAACAAACAAAGAAAGUUGUGAAAUAAAACGUGUUAUAUUUUCUCAACGUUGUACAUUGUGUACAAAUUAUGAAGUACCAAUAAUAUGCUGGUAUCGUGGUGGUAUUAUACUAAAAACAACAUUUUGCCAAAUAAGAUAUUAUCAAAAAAAUCCAAUAAAUAAUUAUUGGCAACGUAAAUGGUGUAUUAAAACAAAUUUAAAACCAUCAAUACUAACUUGUCAUCCAACAAAAAAGGAUCGAGUAUAUUACUAUACACAUGAAGGAUAUUUAAAUCAAAUAAAUAUCAUUGAAAAUUCAACUGAACAACCAGUGAUUCAUCAAAAAUUAUAUCUCGGUGAUAAUUAUAAGCUUGUUAAUUUUAUUUAUCCUUGGGGAUAUCAUUUGGCAGUUGUUGAUAAUUUAAAAUUGACUAUUAUUAAUGCUGAAUGUGGCAGGGAAUCAAGUUCAUUUGACAUUGAUGUUGAUGGUAAAAUAAUUGAACUAUUAACACAUUUUGAUUUUCCAUUGAUUGUCGUUACAACAAAUAUUGGAGAAGUUGCAUUAAUAAGUAUUUUAAAACCAAAAGAACCAUGUGUUAUACGUAAAUGUUUAUUGCAAAAAAAUAAACUUGAUGUUUUGAAAUUUUCAAAGUGUGGUAGACACUUGUUUAUUGGUGAAAAAUCAUCUGCUAUGAUUGAUGUUGUUUUAUAUGAAGUAAAUGGUAAAUUAAAAAUAGUGAUACUGUUGAUGGCAUUAAAAAGAAUACAAGUUGGUUGUUUCGUUUUAAUUUAUGAGGUUGAAUUGAAUGAUGGGAGAGUUAAGGUACCAAAAAGUAUGAUAAAGCUACCAUCAGCAUAUCAGUCAAUUCAUUAUGCACCUGGUGAUAGUUUGGAAAUUAUUGCAACUCCAUAUUUAUCGAAUAAGUUACAUUUUUUAAAGGUACAUGAUGAACGUGUGGAUUUAUCAAGAGUUGUUACAACUGGGCAUCAAGUACGUGGUAUUAAAUUAUCAACAAAUCGUGAAGUAAUAACGACUUAUGGCUAUGAUGGUCUUGUUAUUGUUUUCAAGAUUGAAUCUUCAUUUGAACAGGUGAUAUCUUUGAUGACACAUCAUAGAAAAAAUUUAGGUAUUGAUAUGGCUAUUUGUCGAACAUCUGGAGACUUGAUUGUUGCUCUUGGUCAUGAUAAAUCUCUAGUUUGUAUGAAAUUUCGUAAAAAUAUUGAUAAUUAUAAAAAAAUAAUGUUAACGACAUUUGAACUGGAAGAAAAUAAUUAUGGAAAUGAAAAAAAAUAUUUUUAUGAUUAUUCGAUUUUUAAGAAAAAUAUUAUUGACAUGUUGUCGGACGAUUGUUUAUUAUUUCCACCGGAAAAUCAAUUUAGUAUGACUUGGAUUGAUUGGAAAAAAUCACAAGAUUUAAAACAAAAAUCAGAAAAUUUUUAUCAAUUAAAAUCAGCUUUGAUUGAUGAUUUGAAUAAAAUUAAAAAUAAAAUAUCAAAUAUGCUAGAUGAAAAUGAAAUUUCUCCAGAUAUUGAGCAACUUUCAAUUUCACAUUUUGAUCUUAAUUUUCAUUAUAGACAACAAAAAAUACAUUCAUCAACAGAAGAACGUGAAAAAAUAUUAUCACAGUUGAAAUUUUUAUGUAAUGAUUAUAAAAGAAUUGAAGAAUGGAUUAAAAUUAAAAUGUGGGAUCCACAAGAAAUAAAAGAUCAAUCAAUUUUCGAAAUUUACGGUGAUACAGAGAUUAAAAAUUAUUCAACAGAAACAGAAGAUCCACAAGAAAUCGAAACAACAAGGUUGAUAGAAUCAUUCAUUUCUUCUUAUGAAUAUAAAAGCCAAAAAAAUAUUCCUGAAAUAUAUUUAAUGUUGAAAAAAAAAUACAACAAGUGUUUUAAAAAAAAACCAGAAAGUCUAGAUGAUUUGCCAAAUGAUGAAGAUCAUUUGCAAGAUGACGAAAAUAAUAUAGAAGAAUUUUAUGCAGCUUCAGGAACCACGACUUAUAGAUUCAUUGAUUCUUCCUGUGAAUUUUCACAGUUUGAAGAUUAUACAUUUGAAGAACGUUUCCAAUUGAAUGAUCAACUAAUGAAUGAUGCAAAAAAGUUGAAAAAUUAUUUUAAUAAAAUAUUCAGUGACAUGGUGACAUCAAAACAAGUAGAAAUAUCAAAAAUACAAAGCUAUAUAUUAAAAAUUCGUCACAUUGAUUCAGAGUUACAGCUAAUGUUCAAUGAAAAUGUCAAAGAAAUUCCAGAAGAACCAGCUUGGACAUCCAGGGAGAAACCAGAGUCAGUUAUUCAAGUUAAUGAUGAUGAGGUUCAGGCAAAGAUUUGGAUAUCACCAUCAGAACAAGAUAUUUUAAUGAAAAAACAUGAAGAAGCAGAAAAGCUGAGACUACUUUUAUUAGCUGAUGAUUUUCGUGAAAGAGCACUGAUGGCUAUGAUGGACGGAGUGAUGGAAGUACGAUGGGAGGACAUCAUAAAAAAAGACAUACCAAGACCAUCAUGUAUGAUUAACAAAAUACCUGAAGACUAUAAUCUCGAUGAUAUUUUGUCAGUUAAAAAAUACGAAAGCUCUGUUGAGAAAUUAUCAGCUGAACGUGAUAAAUACAAAAAAAUUCUUUACUCUGAUUAUUUAAAAACAAUGGAGUUAAUAAAACGUGAUUCUGAAAAAUUUAAUAAUCAUUUGAAAAAUUUUUUUAUCAUGAAAAUGAAGUUGGAAUCAGCGAUUCAACAAAUUAAUUUAAUACGAGCACGUGGACAUCUUGAAGUGUUAUAUUUUCUUGAAGCUUUUAGAAAAAAAAUAGACUUGAAUAAUAAAAUAUUAAUUGAUGAAAUGAAUGUUAAAAAAAUUCAAGAUAUUGAUGAAAUAAUUAAAAAAAAAAUUCCUCUAUUACAAAAUCAACGUAAAGAAUAUUUAAAUAAAGAAAAAUUAUUAUUAAAAAAAUUUACUGCUGAAUUUUCAACGCUUGGACAAAAAAAUUUUGAUGUUAUUAAAAAAGAAUAUAAUAAAAGGCCAAAGGUGUCAUUAAAAAGCUCAACAGUUGCUGAUAUUUUAGAAUUAGGUAAAUGUAUUUUAAUGAAUACUGAUGAUGUUAUUUUGCCUGAAGAUUGUUUUGGAUAUUUAAGAACCCUAGAGGCAUUCGACAUUCCACCGACAGAUUUUCCAGAAUCAAUUGAAAUUGAAAGUUGGCAACAGUUGUGUAAAUUACGACGAUUAAAAAUUGAUCUGGAAAUGAAGAUAAAAGCAAAUAUAAGUGAAUUAAAUGACAUUGAAAAAUUAAUGAUUGAUCAUUGUAAAAAAAUUGAAAUGUGUCGAGAAGAAUCAUGUAGAUUUGAUGAAGAAAUUAAAAAAAUUAACGAUGAAUGUGAUGAAUUUGAGACUGACUGUGAAAUUCAAUUGGUACUUAAUAUGGGACAAGUUGAAAUACCAGUUGAGGGUUAUAUUGAUGAUGCAUCAAAUGCACAAUUAAUAAUAUAUAAUGUUAUUAAAAAAUUAAAUGACAAUAUAUUGUCAGCUGGUUCCAAAAAAAUACGAGAAAUAAGUAGAACAAUAAAAUGCCAUGGUGGAACAAUCUACAAAGAAUGGGAACAUAAAUAUCGUAGAAAGAAAAUUGAUAAUUAUAAGGAUGAUUUGUAUGAAAUAAGUAAUUUUUUUGUAACUAAAAAUAUUUAUGAUUAUUUGAAAAAACAAUCGUCAGAAAAUGUAGGAAUUAUUGAUAAAACAUCUCGGCAAUUUGAGCAUGAAAUUGAGGCAAUAAGAAGCAAUCUCAAUAAAUCUUUGCGUGAUUGGUUAUUAAAAGUAAAAAAUAUUGAAAAAAAAAUUGAUAUUACUAAUGAAAAGAACAGAAAAAUGGAUGAAAAAAUUAAGAAAAAAAAUAUUGCAAGAUGGAUUCUUGAGUUUCAACGUGAUAUUUUAGGGGAAGAUGAAUUUAAAAAACAUAAUGAAACGAAAUUAAAAAUGAUUAUGAAAAAAUCAAAGUUGUUAAGAUGGAAAUUAAUAACAUGA